GUUUACCUGUGCUACUUGGCCUACAAGGGCCGUGAGGACGAGACAGAGAGGUACAUCAGAUUGAGGAAGCGGCGCCGGAGCUCUACAGAUGCAGCGAUGGACAAUGCCUUGGCUUGCCUGAGUAUUCCUUUCGGAGAGGAUGAGACAGCCUGCAAUCGCAUUCUUUGGGCGAUGAUGCUACCAUUCACAGUGAUUCGCUUGGCCACAAUGCCUCCCUGCGACAUGCGCUGGGAUGGCUCUCGCCGGAUAUGUCAUGCAGUUUCUCCGGUGGGCCUGUACUUUCUCUUUGUGGUGAGGGGCUACGUUGAGAUGCCAGACCUCAAGCAUGCAGCCAUAGCAGCAGCAGUCCUAUUGCCGUUGUGCGUCUUGAUAUACAUAGCUGGUGACAAACCAGCUGUCAUCAAAGGAACUCGAGCAGACUUGCCUUGGUUGUAUAUGCCGAUGACACUUGUGGGACUAGUCAGUGCAGUUCUUUGGCUGGCUGCCUUGUCCAAGGAAAUCACCGCGAUACUGGAGGGCGUGUGUCGUUAUUUUCAAGUGAGCAGGCUUCGGUCAGGAUUUACUCUUCUGGCAUGGGGUAAUUGUGCCUCUGAUUUGGUCGCGGCCUACAGCCUUGCGGUCAUGAAUGAAUAUCCCCUUGCACUUCAUGGAAUUGUGGCGACCCAAUUCUUCAAUCUAUCUGUGGGGUUCCCCUCUUCACUCCUUGUCAUCACCUGGCGAAGCCCUAACCUUGCCAUUUUUGAAAAUGGUUGGCCUGGCUCCAUCAGGGAUCCUUUGCUCGUAUGCACCUGCUCAAUUGCUGUGGCUGUUUCUACUUUGGCCCUAUAUAGUAUGUUCGAUUUGCAGGUGAAAAGCAUUUCAUCGGCCAUGGUGCUGAUAUUAAAUUAUCUACUUUUCCUUAUUUUCAUGUGGUUGAAUACAACGAAAGACGUGCCACAGCAACUUAGCGACAUAUAA